UUAUAUUUUUACAACUUUUCACAACUUUUGUCUUUUUUAUUUUAAGUUUAUUGUUAUAUUUUUCUUUCAUUUAAAUCAGCAUUUAUUCACUCGCGGUAGUUUUACAUUUAAACGUUUUUUGUUAAUAUACCUUUGGGUAUUUUGGUGAACUGACGCUUUGUCGUUGAGAAGAGAGAAGGAAAAUAUACUAAUUGAGUGAGCCUAUUGUCUACCACGCCACCUUGCCUACUGCGGGUCUAUUGCAGACCUGAAUACAUGCCCUCCUAUCACGAAGUAUUGUAGGAGUUGUGUGGUUAGGAAAAAAUGGCGCUUUCUCAUUUAUAGGUGUGCUUUCCCGCCCAUAAAGAUCUGAUACCACUGGCAAUCAUCUGGGCAUUGAUCCUGAUGACUCGCAGAUGGGCGAGAUACGCAUAUAUUUCCAUGCACAUUUAUUUGAUUAUUUGAUUAUCUAGUUAUCAGUAACAAUGGACGCCGAAUCAGCAAGACUACGCAGCCUGGUGCUCAAUGACGCCCUAUCGUGCGACUCUAUUUUGCUGUCUGGCGGCCUGGACACGUCAAUAGCCUCCGAGGCGCUCAAGACAAUAAUCGACAACAAAAACGAGUCCAAGCUGCGCACCGGAAUCACGCUGACAAUCGACCCGGACAACAACACAGUGGCGCAAGCAAACGGGCUGUUCACGCAGCAGCCACAGGACAUCCUGUACGCUCGCAAAAUAGCAGCAAAGCUUGGGCUCGAGCACCACGUCAUUGAGCCCUCCCUGGACGACCUCAUCAACGGGCCAACGAUGGACUUCCUGCGCACUUUCGACGGCAUGGAGCUGCGCAACGCAGUGGUGAUUGCCAGCUCACUGAUGUUUGCGAAAAAGUUAGGCUGUCGCCUAUUUGCCGGCUACAGCUUUAUGCACAGGAUGGAUGACCCGGCUCUGCGCAAAUACACGAGAAACAUGGUCAAGACCAUGUCGUUCUGCGCGUUCCCGUUGGCCAAGGAGCUGGGCCUCGAGGCUUGGUCGCCGUAUCUCGACCCGCGCAUCAUAGAGUAUGCGCUGAAGAUUGGCGAGUUUGCCGGAGCCACCCACGGCAAGCUUAUUCUGCGCAAGGCGUUUCCCGAAGUGAUAUCAGCAGAGCGCAGGAAGGAGCCGAUUGAGUGCGGCAGUGGUACCACGGUUAUUCCAGCGCUGAUGGAGCUGCUGAUUUCAGAUGCAGACUUUGAGAGCGAAGCGCGCGAGGCCUUGGCGCAUACGAUUUGUGCGUAUUUCCGCUCGUUCAGGAGAGUUGUGUGGACUGCCCCGUGUUAUGGCGCAGAUGCACAGGUAUGGGCAGGCACAUGUCCGGACUGCAAGUUCAGGCUCAAGGAUGGACCAGCUUCUGCAAC